ACAGAUGUCCUCUGUUACACUAAAACGAGAUCCCUUGACUAAAAUCACAACAUUUAUUGCUUAUAAAAGGAAAUAUUUGCCAAUAAAACAACGAACAUUUGCUAUUAAAAUAUGGUGAGUGAAAAUGGUGGCCCUUUUUUAAGCAGAGCGGUAUACAGGCUGAUUUAUUAUUUAUUGUUCUGUCCCACGGUCACGUGUUUUGGGGCGCCCUAUCCAGUUUUGGACAGGGUUCAACUUACUGGACGGAAGGAGCUUGUAGGUGGCGCACCAACACGACACCUUGCAAUGGAAUGAAUCCCUUCUCUCGUCGUUGCAGGAUUGUAAAACCAAGGUUUUUUGUUGUUGGGUUUUUUUUUGUACACCCUUUUUUUAAUUUGGUACCUUGCAUAUUUUUUUUUCUUUACUCUGGUGCAAUGGGGACGAGCUACUACGUUGACACGCGCAUUCUUUCGGAGCAAGAAGAAAUGGCACCGAUGAGGUACUCAACCUCUGCAGGAAUGGAGCAGGCGGCGCACACCGAAUAUGGCGGACAGGAGCCGAAAUCCUCUAUUUUCAGUGGAUCCUGGAGCACCAUCGCGGCGCAUCCUCCCAACGCAUAUGUGCACCAUCAGUACAGCGGGGAAGCCGAUGGCAUGCUUGCGCGUUCCUGGGCGUUGGACCCGGUCUCCGCGUCGUUGUGUUUGACGGGAAUCCCGUCUGCGGCCGCGCAUUACGAGAUAAAGCCCGAGCCGCUGCUCGGCGGUGCCGAGUGCACGACUCUGGAGACGCACGCACCGCUUUUGUCUAACAUUGAAAACGGAGCUGCCCUAACGGAGAUUCCCUGCGAUACAUCCCCCACAUCUGCAGCCAGCGACGACAAGCUGACGGCAGAGAAAAGGGAGGCUGUUGAUGCAAACAACCCGUCGUCCAACUGGCUGCACGCAAAGCCGACCAGGAAAAAGCGCUGCCCCUACACCAAGCACCAAAUCCUCGAACUGGAGAAAGAGUUUCUCUUCAACAUGUACCUCCCCCGGGAGCGCAGGUAUGAAGUGGCGAGGCUCCUGAAUCUGACAGAGAGGCAGGUGAAAAUCUGGUUCCAGAACCGCAGAAUGAAGAUGAAGAAGGAAACCAGAGACAGAAGGAAAGACAGCUAGUGCCCCCUUUGCGUUUAAACCUGGUGGAGGGGGAUGGAAGAGGGGCGGAGAGGGGAGACUUAUAAUUCCUGGUACGUGUUGUUGUAAAUUAGUGUUGUUAAAACAACGCUGAGUGUCCAUUCCCCCCCUUCCCCCCGCCCCCCCAAUGAUUUUCUGUGAUUGUGUCUCGUGGUGGAUUUAGAUAUCUUGUAUUUUUAUUUUUAUUUUUGCGCACACAGUGUGUUGACUCUGUAGGCCGUUUAUGAUUUGCAUGAACCUUUACUUGACUACCUAGCCUAUCGAUAUCCUUCAGCUACCUAUCUGCAUUGAUUAACUUAUUUUAUUUUAUUUUAUUUUAUUUUAUUUUAUUUUAUUGCGGCCAAUUGUGUUUUAAAUGUUUGGAUGCAUUUGUGAAAACCCUGCGCACACUUGAAAUACCUCACAUGUACUGAUUUUAUUUAAAAAUAAAGUGCAGUUUGUAUCAUACAUUUGGACGUGUUAUGUCACAGUGAUUCGUUUUCAUUUGAAUGAAGUACAAUGCACCAUGUUUUUGCACAUGUGUAAUAAAAACAAUACGCUGCAGUGUGGGCUAGAGUCGGCCAAAA